AUGUGGCUCCAAAAGAAUUCAGUUUUUCUGUUAUUAGCUUUAAUUCUCUUUUCCCUUUUACAAGUUCUUACAGGUGCUGCUGCUUUUGAACUUAAAAAGUCAUACAUAGUAUACUUAGGAUCACAUGAGCACGGAGAAGCAGCUACAGAUGCUGAUUUUGAUAGAGUCACCCAAGCUCAUCAUGAUUUUCUUGGAUCCUAUUUGGGAAGUUAUGAGAAAGCACAAGAAGCAAUGAUUUAUUCUUACACAAGGCAUAUUAAUGGCUUUGCUGCAAUGCUUCGAAAUGAAGAGGCUGCUGAAAUUGCAAAACAUCCAAAGGUUGUGUCGGUGUUCUUGAACAAAGGAAGGAAGUUACACACUACACGUACGUGGGAGUUUAUGUUAAUGGAGAAGCAAAGUGGGGUGAUUAGCCCUGCUUCAGUGUUUAACAAAGCUAGAUUUGGUGAACAUACCAUAAUUGGGAACCUUGACACCGGUGUAUGGCCAGAAUCUCCUAGCUUUAGAGAUGAGGGCAUAGGUCCCAUUCCUUCAAGAUGGAAGGGAUCCUGUGACGGUGGUAGUCCUGACUUCCAUUGCAACAAGAAGCUGAUAGGAGCAAGGUACUUCAACAAAGGGUAUGCUGCAAUUGCAGGGCCAAGUGUACUGAAAAACGGUACUCUUAACACGGUGCGAGAUUAUGAAGGUCAUGGAUCACACACACUAUCAACAUUAGGUGGAAACUUUGUCCCCGGCGCUAACGUCUUCGGCUUUGGCAAUGGAACCGCGGAAGGCGGCUCUCCUAAAGCUCGAGUGGCUUCUUACAAGGUUUGUUGGCCGCGAAUUGACGACGGUGAGUGCUUUGAUGCUGAUAUCAUGGCGGCUUUCGACAUGGCUAUACAUGAUGGUGUGGAUAUUCUUUCCCUCUCUCUUGGAUCGGAUCCCGCUGACUACUUUGAAGAUGGUCUGGCCAUUGCCGCAUUCCAUGCUUUCGGCAAGGGAAUCACCGUCGUGUGCUCUGCUGGUAACUCGGGACCAAAAAAGGGAUCUGUCUCCAACGUUGCGCCUUGGUUAUUCACCGUAGCUGCAAGUACCUUGGACAGGGAGUUUGAUUCUGUUGUUGAACUCGAGAAUGGAAAGAACUUCACGGGUGCAAGCCUUGCUACUGCUAUGCCGCAAAAGAAAUUUUACCCACUCAUCAAUAGUUUAGAUGCAAAAUUGGCUAAUGCAACUGAUGGAGACGCUAUUCUGUGUAAGAUAGGAACAAUUGAUCCAGAGAAGGUGAAGGGGAAAAUAUUGGUUUGUAGUAGAGGCGAGACGGCUAGAGUGGAGAAGAGUUUUGUGGCUAUGGAGGCUGGUGCAGUUGGAAUGAUUCUUUGCAACGAUGAGGCCAGUGGUAAUGAGAUCAUCGCUGAUCCUCAUUUCCUUCCAGCAUCACAGCUCACUUAUGAAGAUGGCCUGCAAGUCUUUGCAUACCUCAAUUCUUCCAAGAAUCCGAUGGGAUAUAUUGCUCCUCCGGAAACCAAGUUCCAUGUGAAGCCUGCUCCAUUCGUGGCAGCAUUCUCUUCGAGAGGGCCCAACAAAAUCACACCUGAGAUCCUUAAGCCUGACAUCACGGCCCCCGGAGUCAACAUCAUUGCUGCAUAUUCGGAAGCAGUUAGCCCCACAGAAAUGCCCUAUGAUAAGCGCAGGGUUCCAUUUAUCACAAUGUCUGGAACAUCUAUGUCAUGCCCUCACGUCGCCGGAAUCGCCGGACUUCUCAAGACACUCCACCCUGAAUGGAGUCCAUCAGCUAUUAAGUCCGCCAUCAUGACCACCGCUAGGACAAGGGACAACAAGGGUGAGCCAAUGCUUGAUGGGAAGGAUUUUAAAGAAACAACACGGUAUGCAUAUGGUUCUGGUCACGUGAGACCAAAUCGCGCCAUGGACCCUGGCUUGGUCUACGAUACAACCAUAGAAGAUAACCUCAACUUCUUAUGUGUCCUUGGUUACAAUCAGACCCAGAUCAUGGCGUUCUCCGGAGCUCGUCAUCAUGAGUGCCCUGAUGCAAUGAGCAUCUUGGAUUUCAACUACCCUACAAUAACGGUUCCGAUGCUGUACGGUUCAGUUAAUGUGACACGCAGGCUGACGAAUGUGGGUUCGCCAGGGACUUACUUUGCAAGGCUCCACACUCCUUCGGGGCUUUCCAUUUCCGUGACUCCCAAAGUGUUGAAGUUUGAGAGCGUGGGUGAAGAGAAGAGUUUUAAGGUCGCAAUGGAGGUUACUAAGCCAGGUCCCUCUAUAGGCGAUGCGGUCCUGACUUGGUCCGAUGGAAAGCAUUAUGUUAGGACUCCAAUCACCGUUGGUGGAAUCAAGGGUAGGGUUAUUAGAUUUUAG